UGCGUCUCCAGCCUCUGACUCAGCAGCAGCAGCGGCAGCAGGAGCGGCGGCGGCACAGCUCACCUGGACCGGAGCGCACCGAGCCCAGCUCCCUCAUGAUCCCCGCACAGCGCAGCUCCGACACCGGGGGACGGCGGCACUGAGGCCCGGCGCGCACAGCGGUGCGGUGCGGUGCGGUGCGCUCAGUCCAAUACGAUCUGUGGCAGAGACGCACAGUUGUGGAUCAUACACCCGGAGACAAUCAGCAGCAGGAAGGAGAAGCUCAAACCUCCUCCUCUUCAUCUUCUUCUUCCCAACGUGAAGGAUUGAGAGGGAGCGCGAGGGAGCGAGAGAGAGGGGAAAAGAGAGAGAGAGAGAGAGGAAGAGAGAGAGAGAGAGAUCUGCAAGCUCCCCUUUUUUCCUUUCGUUGCAAUUGACUUGUUGAAGAAAUAAAAGGAAGAAAUAAGAAGAAAGAGCGAGCAGGGGGGGAGAGAAGAAGAAAAAGCAUAAGCUUGGAUAUUGAACGGAGCGGGGCAUGUGGAUAUUGGCUCUUAUCUUUUCCCAGUGCAUCUUGAAUGUUUUCUGUGAAGAUCUACGUUCCAGCUUAUAUUUUGUCAAUGCAUCUGUGCAAGAGGUAGUGUUUGCCAGCACCACAGGGACAUCGGUGCCCUGUCCCGCCGCGGGCGUGCCCCCUGUCUCACUGCGCUGGUACCUGGCCACCGGCGAGGAGAUCUACGAUGUGCCAGGGAUCCGCCAUGUGCACCCAAAUGGCACCCUUCAGAUCUUCCACAUCCCCCCUUCCAGCUACAGCAAACUCAUCCACGACAACACCUACUAUUGCACAGCGGAGAACCCCUCAGGGAGAAUCAGGAGCCAAGAUGUCCACAUUAAGGCUGUCCUUCGAGAGCCCUACACAGUUCGGGUGGAGGACCAGAAAGCCAUGAGAGGCAAUGUGGCGGUCUUCAAGUGCAUUAUUCCUGCCUCAGUGGAGGCCUACAUCACUGUUGUGUCCUGGGAGAAAGACACAAUGUCAAUCAACGCUGAAAUGUCACGGUUUCUCAUCACAUCCACCGGGGCCCUGUAUAUACUGGAUGUGCAAAUGGAAGACGGGCUGUACAACUACAGGUGUAUGACUCGGCAUCGCUACACAGGAGAGACCCGACAGAGCAAUAGCGCCCGCCUCAUCGUCUCAGAUCCCACCAACUCAGCGCCCCACAUCCUGGACAGCUUUGAGCGCCGUGAGGUGAUGGCGUCUCACCGGGUGGAGCUGCCCUGCAAGGCCUCGGGUCACCCCGCGCCCAAAUACCGCUGGCUGAAGGACAACCGGCCGCUGGAGCCCGACACGCGCUUCAGACAGAGUGUGACGGGGCUGCUGAUCGAGCGAGCGCAGCCCAGCGACACGGGCACGUACGUGUGCGAGGUGUGGAACGGCUAUGGCAACGCCGAGGUGGUCGGGAGGCUGCAGGUGAAAGAGCCUCUGAAGGUGGCGGUGAGUCCGCGGAAGGUGAAGGGCAGCGUGGGGAGCCAGGUGUCGCUGUCCUGCGGCGUCACCGGCUCCGAGGAGUACCAGCUGUCCUGGUACCGCAACGGGGAGCUCAUCUACCCCAGCAACAGCGUCCGCAUGACCGGCCAGAACCGGGAGAACCUGGUGAUGGCCGGCAUGGCCAAGAGCGACGGGGGGGCGUACCAGUGCUUCGCCCGCCACGGCAAGAUGUCGGCUCAGGACUUCGUUCAAGUCAUACUGGAAGAUGGAACCCCGAAGAUUCUGGCUUCGUUCAGCGAGAAGGUCUACAACAUCAACGAGUUCGUGUCGCUCUCGUGCACGGUGAAGGGCACGCCGGAGCCCCGGGUCACGUGGACCCUGGACGACGAGGCCGUGGUGCGGGACAGCCGCCAUCGCAUCUCCUACUACACCAACAGCGAGGGCCACGUGGUCAGCCACCUGAACAUCAGCCAGACCCAGGUCCCCGACGGAGGCGUGUACCGCUGCAUCUGCAACAACUCGGCCGGGACCGUUUCCUACCAGGCGCGAAUAAACGUAAGAGGGCCUGCCAGCAUCAGACCAAUGAAGAACCUCACUGCCAUCGCUGGGCGGGACAUGUACAUCCACUGCCGUGUCAUCGGCUACCCGUACUACUCCAUCAAAUGGUACAAGGACUCGAACCUGCUGCCGUACAACCACCGGCAGCGGGCCUUCGAGAACAACGGCACCCUGAAGCUGUUCGACGUGCAGAAGGACGUGGACGAGGGGGAGUACACCUGCAACGUGCUGGUGCAGCCGCAGCUGUCCACGCACCAGAGCGUCUACGUUACCGUGAAAGUCCCGCCCACCAUCCACCCGUUUGAGUUCCCUCGGUUCUCCAUCGGCCAGCGGGUCUUCAUCCCCUGCGUGGUCAUGUCCGGCGACCAGCCCGUCUUCAUCACCUGGCAGAAGGACGGCCGGCCCAUCCCGGCCAGCCUGGGCGUCACCAUCGACAACAUCGACUUCACCAGCUCGCUGCGCAUCUCCAACCUCACGCUCAUGCACAACGGGAACUACACCUGCAUCGCCCGCAACCAGGCGGCGGCGGUGGAGCACCAGAGCCAGCUGAUUGUCCGAGUUCCUCCCAAAUUCGUGGUGCAGCCUAAAGAUCAGGACGGCAUCUACGGGAAGGCGGUGAUCCUGAACUGCUCGGCUCAAGGCUAUCCCGUUCCCACCAUCCAGUGGGAAUACUCCAAAGGUGCCGGGGUCCCGCAGUUCAAACCCAUCGCCCUCAACUCAGGCUUUCGAAUCGAGGUGCUGGUCAACGGAUCGCUGCUCAUCAAACACGUGCUGGAGGAAGACAGCGGCUUCUACCUGUGCCGAGUCAGCAACGACGUCGGCGCCGACGUCAGCAAGUCCAUGUACCUCAACGUCAAAAUCCCGGCCAUGAUCACGUCCUACCCCAACACCACGCUGGCCACGCAGGGCGAGGAGAAGAAGAUGAGCUGCACGGCUCACGGGGAGAAGCCCAUCAUGGUGCGCUGGGAGAAGGAGGAGCGGAUCAUCAACCCCGAGACCAGCCGCUACGUUGUCUCUGUCAAGGAGGUGGGAGACGAAGUCAUCUCCACGCUGCAGAUCAUGCCCACGGUGCGGGAGGACUCCGGCUUCUUCUCCUGCCACGCCAUCAACUCCUUCGGUGAAGACCGAGGAAUCAUCCAGCUCACCGUGCAAGAGCCCCCGGACCCCCCGGAGGUGGAGAUCAGAGAGGUGAAGGACAGAACCAUCGCGCUGCGCUGGACCAUGGGAUUUGAUGGCAACAGUCCAAUCACAGGCUUUGAUAUCGAAAGCAAGAACAAAUCAGCCUCCUGGGACACGGCUCAGAAGACCAAAGACGUCUCACCUCAGCUCAACCAGGCCACCAUCAUCGACCUGCACCCCUCCUCCACCUACAACAUCCGCAUGUUCGCCAAGAACCUGAUCGGCAAGAGCGAGGCCAGCAACGAGCUCACCAUCACCACCGACGAAGCAGCUCCUGACGGGCCGCCGCAGGAGGUGCAGCUGGAAGCCCUCUCCUCGCAGAGCAUCCGGGUCACGUGGAGGGCUCCGAAGAAGCACCUGCAGAACGGGGCCAUCAGAGGCUACCAGGUGGGCUACCGGGAGUACAGCUCCGGGGGAAACUACCAGUUCAGCGUGAUCAGCGUGGAGACCACCGGGGACAACGCGGAGAGCCUGGUGCUGGACAACCUGAAGAAGUUCACGCAGUACGGCGUGGUGGUGCAGGCCAGCAACAGCGCCGGGACGGGGCCGUCCUCCACCGAGGUGGCUGCGACCACGCUGGAGGAUGUGCCCAGCCGGCCUCCGGAGAACGUCCAGGCCACGGCCACCUCCCCGGAGGUCAUCUCUCUGUCCUGGCUCACCCCGCCGAAAGACGCUCUCAAUGGAAACCUGCUGGGCUACAGGGUCAUCUACUGGGCCAACCUGCCUGAUGGAGAACUCGGGGAGAUCCGGAACGUGACCACGUCCAAACCCUCGCUGGAGCUGGACGGGCUGGAGAAAUACACCAACUACAGCAUCCAGGUGCUGGCCUUCACCCGGGCGGGCGACGGCGUCCGCAGCGAGCAGAUUUACACGCGCACCAAAGAGGACGUUCCCGGGCCGCCGGCGGGCGUGAAGGCGGCGGCGGCGUCCAACUCGGUGGUGUUCGUGUCCUGGCUCCCUCCUCUCAAAGUGAACGGCAUCAUCAGGAAGUACACCGUCUUCUGCUCCAACCCGCACCCCACGGUGAGCAGCGAGUUCGAGGCGGCCCCGGAUGUCUUCUUCUACCGGAUCCCCAACCUGAGCCGGAACCGGCAGUACAGCAUCUGGGUGGUGGCCGUCACCGCGGCGGGUCGAGGGAACUCCAGUGAAAUCAUCACGGUCAAACCCAUGGCGGAGGCUCCGGCUCGGAUCCUGACCUUCAACAGGACGGUGACGACGCCGUGGAUGAGGGACAUCGUGCUGCCGUGUAAAGCCGUGGGCGAUCCGUCGCCGACCAUCAAGUGGCUGAAGGAGAUUAAUGGGACGCCGGCACCGGUCGUGAUUGACAGCCGGCGCAGCGUCCACGGCAACGGCAGCCUGGUUAUCCGCACGGUGAAAGCAGAGGACUCUGGGAAUUACACCUGUGUAGCGAGUAACAGCUUUGGGUCGGACAAGAUCGUUCUCAACCUUCAGGUUCAAGUUCCUCCCGACCAGCCUCGCCUCACCGUGACCAAGACCACCACCACCUCCAUCACCCUCUCCUGGAUCCCCGGAGACAACGGAGGCAGCUCCAUCCGAGGCUACAUCCUGCAGUACUCGGAGGACAACAGCGAGCAGUGGGGGAACUUCGCCAUCAGUCCCAGCGAGCGCUCCUAUCGGCUUGAGAACCUCAAGUGUGGAACCUGGUACAAGUUCACCCUCACAGCCCAGAACGCCGUCGGUCCCGGACGCAUCAGCGAGAUCAUUGAAGCAAAGACUCAUGGGAAAGAACCUCAGUACUCCAAAGAGCAGGAGCUCUUCACCAGCAUCAACGCCACGCGGGUCAAACUCAACCUGAACGGCUGGAACAACGGCGGCUGCCCCAUCACCUCCUUCACCCUGGAGUACCGGCCGGUGGACUCGCCCACCUGGACCACGGCGCAGCGCACCUCCCUCACCAAGAGCUACAUCCUGUACGACCUGCAGGAGGCCACCUGGUACGAGCUGCAGAUGAAGGUCUACAACAGCGCCGGCUACGCCGAGAAGAGGGUCAAGUUCGCCACGCUCAGCUACGACGGAAGUACCAUCGCUCCGCUGGUGAAGGCGCCAAACGUUCAUGGCGACAACCCCGAAGGCGGAGAGGGCCUGAAGAUGAUGGUGACCAUUUCCUGCGUGCUGGUGGGCAUCGUUGUGAUCUUCAUCGGGCUGCUGGUGCUGAGGAGGAGGAGGAGGGAGCAGCGGCUCAAGAGGCUACGAGAUGCAAAAAGCCUGGCCGAGAUGCUCAUGAGUAAAAACACACGUCCAGCAGAGCCAAUUAACAAACAGCAGCAGACCCUCCGCAUGCACAUCGACAUCCCCCGAGCCCAGCUCCUCAUCGAGGAGAGAGACACCAUGGAGACCGUCGACGACAGGUCCACCGUGCUGCUGACCGACAACGACUUCGGGGAGACGCAGAAGCAGAAGUCGUCCACGGUCACUCACACCGUCCACUACCAGUCCCUCUCCCAGGCCACCGGGCCUCUGGUGGACGUGUCUGACGCCAGACCAGGAACCAGUAAGUCCAACCCCACCGCCCGCCGGACAGCCAAAGCCGGCCCGGCUGCCCGCAACCGCUACGCCAGCCAGUGGACUCUGAACCGGCCCCACCCCCCCGUCUCCUCCCACACCCUCAGCACCGACUGGAGGCUGCCCACGCCCCGAGUCGCCGGCUCCGUCGACAAGGAGAGCGACAGCUACAGCGUCAGCCCAUCUCAGGACACAGACCGUGCGCGGAGCAGCAUGGUGUCGACGGAGAGCGCCUCCUCCACCUACGAGGAGCUGGCCAGAGCCUACGAGCACGCCAAGAUGGAGGAGCAGCUGCGCCACGCCAAGUUCACCAUCACCGAAUGCUUCAUCUCCGACACUUCCUCCGAGCAGAUGACGGCGGGCACCAACGACUACACCGACAGCCUGACCUCCAGCACACCGUCCGAAUCGGGCAUCUGCCGCUUCACCGCUUCCCCGCCCAAGCCUCAGGACGUCAGCCGGGUCAUGAACAUGGCCGUGCCCAAGGCCCACAGACCGGGUGGCGAGCUGGUCCAUCUUCCCCCGUACCUGCGCAUGGACUUCCUGCUAAACCGAGGCAUGUCCUGCUCGGGGUCGUCCAGGGGGACGGCCAGCGGGGAGAGGGCGGCCAUGGGCCAGGCGUGCCUGGAGCCCCAGAAGAGCCGCUCGCUGAAGCGGCCGUCCCGCAUGGCGCCGCCCACGCCCACGGAGGCCCCUCAGGCCAGCAGGGACCCAGUGGCGCAGUGGCAGCCCGGCUCGGCCGCCACGCUCCCACACAGAGAGGGCUCGGAGCUGGCCCAGGCCGCCAAGCUCAGCACCUCCCAGGAGUCCCUGCUGGACUCCAGAGGACACCUGAAACAGAGCAGCAACCCCUACGCAAAGUCCUACACGCUGGUAUAACAGCAGGGGCACCUGGGGCGGGACUAGAACUCACUCUAACACUGGACUUAACACUCAAGUGCAGUAAACUGACUUUCACCACGCAGUUCUGUAUAUACGUCCCCUCCCUCCAUGGACGGGGUCACUUUUACUAAUCUCCUUUUAUUUAUUUUAGACUUUUUUCUUUGACUUCUUCUUUGUAUUCUGUUGAUUUUUUUAUUUGUUUCACUUGAGAAGAAAAAAAAAGAAAAAGAAAUUCACUCAUCGGAAACGACUCCAGCCGGAGCUUUGCCAAACUAAUUGAGUAACGAGGGAGCAUUUAUUUAUUCUUGUUCAUUCUUUCUAAUUAAUCGGUGAUUAUUAAUUGUUAGUUGUCAGCUAUUAAUGAUCAUUAAUUAUUGAUUACCAAAUGAUCUCUUAUCACUAUAACUGCAAUGUUUUCAUAGGAAUCUGGACUUUUCUUUUAUUUGAGUUUCUUUUCAGUUUGUUUGCUCUUUUUUAAGUUUUUUCCUUUUUUUUUUUUUUUUUGUCUGGAGUGGAAGAUGACGAUUUGGAGUCAUUUUUUUCCUAUGGAAUAUCCUUCUGAAAACACUGAAUGAAACUUGGGAGAAAUCUUGGAACGAAAGCAAUUGACACCAGUCCAAACUUUUCAGCUGCUCUCAAAAUUGUUACUUUUUUUGAAGAAAAAAAAAAAAAUCUAUUUCCUAUGGAUGCAUGGGGACUGACCAAUUAAAAAGACGAUGAGGAUUACGACCGUGGCUGGACGGCCCAGGCAAGCAUUUUGUCACACUAUGAAAUGAUCCAAUGUGAAGAUUUAUUAUUCUUAUUACUAUAAAUAUAUAUAUAAAAAGAGAAAUCACUUUUAUUUGUGGAUAUUACAGGGAAGAAUUGAUUUGGUUAAUAAAGUCCUUAGUCAUGUUUGCACAUAUCUCGUUUUAAUUAGGAAAUGGAGUCUCUGUUGAUCUUUUUCUCUGUGUCCCAUUCUCUGAUGGUGCAAUAUGAAAAAAAAAAAAGAUAUGAAAAAGUAUAUGAAAACUAUUGCUCUAUACUGUACUGUACUGAUGAAAAAUAACUAUGUUGUGAGUAUACUUACAGGGCCGGACGCACUCCAGCUUGUGUAUUCAGGUGUAGUUUACCACUUGCUUGUUUGCCGGGGUGGUAAAUGACGUUAGCUAGAACAGGGAGGGUUUAGAGAACUAACGGUUUUUGCACUUCACAACAGCGCCCAACUCAAGUGUGUCCAGAUAGAUUUUUUUUCCCCCCCCCUCCGAACUCUCAGUGCACUAGGUAGAGUCUUCAGGGCUCUCGCUCUCCUCAGUAGAUUUACUGUUGCUGCAUUGCAGUGAUGCUCCUCUACAGGGAAAAAAAAAGGAAAAAAAAAAUACAAAAAAAAAACUUGAGACAAUCCAGCAGAGUUCCCCCAUCAAACCAAACCUAUAAUGUCUAUAGGAAAUAUCUGAAAA